CAAUGCACGAUUACCGGGGCUGUAGAAAGCCGAGGUCUCCCCUGUCCUGUCCCUGACCCUGGCCUCUUCCUCCUCCCCAGUGUGCACAGCCAGUUUACUUUUCUCUUUAGCGCUGAGCAGUUGUGAAUCCUUCUCCGCCAACACACAAAAGGGAGCUGCAGAAGCAGCCACCCAAACAAUGGCCGCAAUUAAAUACUGGUACUCCACAACACAACAGUGGCCGGCUGGCCGCACUGAGAGCAAGCACCAGCACAGCACAGCACACAGGAAACUGUAGCGCGAGCAGCCGAGCUGAGCUGAGAUCGUACACACACACUGCUGGCACUGCCCGGCCCCUACACCUUGAUGAAUACAGAAGAGAGGUUUGGCCGUUUUGACAUGAGAAGAGGGUUUUAAUGGGGAGCAUUUCUAUUUCUUCCCCGUCUUGAUGCACCCCUUUCUUCUUCUCUAGCCUCGCAAAGUCGCAGUCUUUAUUGGGCGCUCUCCCCUCCUCCUCCUUGGGCGGCGCAGGCGCAGCCGCAGCCGCUGGCGUACAGCGCACCUCCCUCUCCCUCUUUUCCUCGCCAUUAAUGUGCUGCCUGCAAUCCCGGUACCGGUAGCUCCCCGCUCCGCCUCAAGGUUCGGUCUUUCGCUCCCGUGGGCGGUGGUGCGCGCAACUAGCCUUUCUUUAUUGGCGCUUCUUGGGGCCUUUGUGGGGUGAGCGCCGAGGAGGUUUGCAGGGAAUGGGGGUGGCGCGGAGGAAGGAGCACCGGGCGGCUGCCGCCGCAUGCCUGUUCGCGGUGGUGGUUCUCGGGGUGUUGGCGGGCGGCGCCGGCGUCGGCGCUUUCGAGGAUGGCACGGCGGUGUACAUUAUCACCAUGAAGCAGGCGCCGGUGUUCCACAGGCGCCUUAACUUGGAGAAGUUCGGGAGCAGCAGAGUUGCCAAUGCCGGAGGAGGACGAGGAGCCGCCAGCGGCGGCGGAGGCGGAGGGGGAGCUGGGGACACCCCGAGCACCAGCGUGCUCAGGAAGCCGAGGCACGGUUCGCCCAAGCCUAUGAAUUAUGUCUCAUACCUCAUUCGCCUUCAAAAUUUACUAUUGAAGAAGACGCUAAGAGGAGAACACUACAUAAAGCUGUACAGCUACCGCUACUUGGUUAAUGGUUUUGCUGUUGUCAUCACUCCUCAGCAGGCAGACAAGCUAUCGAGGAGAAAUGAAGUAGCAAAUGUGAUGUUGGACUACUCAGUUAGGACAGCAACAACUCACACCCCUGAAUUUCUUGGACUGCCGCAAGGAGCCUGGGUUCAAGAAGGUGGUCCGCAAUUCGCUGGCCAGGGUGUUGUUGUUGGCCUCAUUGACACAGGAAUAGAUCCAACCCACCCUAGCUUCGCAGAUGAUCUCUCAACUGAUAGUUAUCCAGUCCCUGCUCACUACUCAGGAAUUUGUGAGGUUACAAAUGAUUUUCCAUCUGGAUCCUGCAACAGAAAGCUAGUAGGUGCUCGGCAUUUUGCAGCAUCUGCAAUAACUAGAGGAGUCUUCAAUGCUUCUCAAGAUCUUGCUUCACCAUCUGAUAGUGAUGGCCAUGGGACGCAUACAGCAUCCAUUGCUGCUGGUAAUCAUGGAAUUCCUGUUGUUGUGGCUGGACAUCAAUUUGGAAAUGCAAGUGGCAUGGCUCCUCGUGCACACAUUGCUGUCUAUAAAGCUCUUUACAAAAGCUUUGGAGGUUUUGCUGCUGAUGUAGUGGCUGCAAUAGAUCAGGCAGCUGAAGAUAAUGUUGACAUCAUCAGUUUAUCCAUUACUCCUAAUCGGAGACCUCCCGGACUGGCUACAUUCUUCAACCCAAUAGAUAUGGCACUUCUAUCAGCUGUAAAGGCUGGCAUAUUUGUGGUGCAGGCUGCAGGAAAUACUGGCCCUUCCCCUAAGAGCAUGUCUUCCUACAGUCCUUGGAUAUUUACUGUAGGAGCUUCUGCCCAUGACAGGGUAUAUAACAACUAUGUUGUACUUGGCAACAAUUUAACCAUUCAAGGAGUCGGACUUGCUCCUGGAACGGAUGGUGAUAGCAUGUACACUCUAAUUACUGCACCUCAUGCACUGAAAAACAAUACAGUCAGUCCUACUGAGAUGUCCCUCGGGGAGUGCCAAGAUUCAAGUCGCCUAGAUGCUGAUUUGAUAAAAGGAAAGAUACUAGUGUGCAGCUAUUCUAUAAGAUUUGUACUUGGUCUUUCUUCAGUGAAACAAGCUUUAGAUACAGCCAACAAUGUCAGUGCUGCAGGAGUUAUAUUCUAUUUGGACCCAUUUGUUCUUGGGUUCCAGUUGAACCCAACGCCAAUGCGCAUGCCUGGACUUAUAAUACCAUCGUCUGAUGACUCUAAGGUAUUUCUCACUUACUACAAUGAUUCCCUAGUGAGAGAUGAGACAUCAGGCCAAAUUGUCAGCUUUGGCGGAGUUGCAAAAAUAUUAGGGGGCCUAAAUCCGAAUUAUGGAAAUUCUGCACCAAAAGUAAUGUUCUAUUCUGCUAGGGGUCCUGACCCUGAGGACAACUCACUGUCAAAUGCUGAUAUCUUGAAACCAAAUCUGAUAGCACCUGGAAGUUCCAUUUGGGGUGCUUGGAGUUCCCUUGGAUUGGAUUCUGCUGAAUUUGCUGGUGAAAGUUUUGCAAUGCUCUCGGGUACAAGUAUGGCUGCACCCCAUGUUGCCGGCCUUGCUGCUCUAAUCAAGCAGAAGUUUCGUUCUUUUAGCCCAGCAGCUAUAGCUUCUGCAUUGUCUACGACUACGACUCUUAGUGACAGGCAAGGGAAACCAAUCAUGGCACAGCGAACUUACAGCAACCCAGACUCAACUCAAUCUCCUGCUACAGCUUUUGAUAUGGGGAAUGGCUUUGUCAAUGCUACUGCUGCUUUAGACCCGGGGAUAAUAUUUGAUUGCGGUUACAACGAUUUCUUCUCCUUUCUCUGUGGCAUAAACGGGUCCAACCCAGUAGUGACAAACUACACAGGUAACAGCUGCGCGGCUUCCACCAUGACAGGAGCAGAUCUAAACCUUCCCUCAAUCACCAUAGCCGUGCUCAACCAGACAAGAACCAUAACUAGAACGGUGACAAAUGUAGCGGCUGACGAGAGCUACACGGUCAGCUACAGUGCUCCCUAUGGAACCGUGGUCUCUGUGGCACCGGCGCAGUUUGUCAUUCCGAGCGGGCAGAAGCAGCUCGUGACCUUCGUUGUAAACGCCACAAUGAACAGCUCCACCGCAAGCUUCGGGAGCAUCGGGUUCUACGGUGACAAAGGCCACAGGGCGAUUAUCCCGUUCUCAGUGAUCUCCACGGUUGUAUACAGUUCCUGAUGACUGACGAGCUGAGCUGAUCCUGUAGAUGCAAAGCAAACCAGGCCUGACUGAUCCAACAUAUGCCGUGAAGACUUGACUGCUGGGGGUGGCUGGAGCUUACCUUGACUAUGAAUUCUUUCUUGGUUGUGGUGUGUACAUUCUGAAGCAUGUUUGAUGUAAGUAGCUGAGUGAUUAACCAGUAACUGUAAAGAGAAUGUACCAGAGCAACCUAUUGGCAUGAAUGUGGAAAUCCUUUUGCAACAGAAUGAUAAAUACUUGCAGCAUUCUGCUGGCGUUUGAUUCAUUGAA